CAUCAAUAAACAGAAAAAGGACUUGACAAAGUUAUCCAGAAAUUAUCACACAUUUCACCAAAAUUAAUCAUGGCAUCCCCGACUGCACCCCCCGAAACCACCUCUUUUCUCCUCACCUACCCAACACCUCAAAUCCUUCUCGUGACCAUCAAUCGUCCGCAAGCCAUGAAUUCCAUAACCAGUUUCGCCCAUUGGGAAGCCGAUGCUAUUCUCACCUGGUUUGACGAUUCCCCUGAUUUGCGCGUUGCCAUUAUUACCGGAGCAGGAGAAAAGGCAUUUUGCGCCGGCCAAGAUUUAAUCGAGCAAGCUAAAUUUAAAAUUGAUCCUCCGCCAAUGUCGACUCGAAGACAUCCACCCAGCGGAUUUUGUGGAAUUAGUAGGAGAGUGGGCAAGAAGCCAGUUAUUGCCGCGGUCAAUGGGUUUGCGCUUGGUGGGGGGUUUGAGAUAUGUUUAAACUGUGAUCUGGUCGUUGCAUCUCCGUUGGCAACAUUUGGUCUUCCUGAAGCUGCUGUAGGCCUCUACGCCGCAGCUGGUGGUCUUCCGCGCAUAGUGCGCAAUUGUGGACUUCAAAUAGCUACAGAAAUCGCAUUGACUAAUCGGAAACUUACCGCCAAGGAAGCACUUUCAUACAAUCUAAUUAACAGAAUCGCUCAAUCACCAGAAACGGUAUUGAAGGAGAGUGUGGAGCUCGCAGAGAAAAUUGCUGCUUUGAGCCCGGAUGCGGUUAUCGUAUCGAGAGCGGGAUUGAGAGAGGCAUGGGAGACGGGGAGUGUAGAAAGAGCUACACAGAUUGUUGCACAGAGGUAUGAUCAGCAAUUGUUUGAGGGUGAGAAUAUGCAGAUUGGGUUAGAAGCGUUUGCAGGGAAGAAGAAGCCUCUAUGGGUGCCGAGCAAGAUUUGAGUAGCCCGCGGCUAGUUGAUGCUUUAAAAGCUGACGUCGAAGAUCAUAUUUGUCUCAUGCACAAAAUAAUACAAUACACUACAUAAAAAACAAUUUAUAAUGGAAAUACUUUAACUAUCGGAAACCAUUUAAGGAUUUAAUAUGAAAAUGGAUU